GCUGAAACCUCAGAGCCCCAGCUGCUAACAUCUGGAGCCAGGAUCAUGUCUGCUAACAAAGGCUGGUGGGUACCACCUGAAGGCGAAGACAGUGUGUCUGAGAAGUUCCUGAGGAAGACCAGGGAGUCUCCGCUGGUGCCUGUAGGCUUGGGAGGCUGCCUGGCAGUGGCAGCAUACCGGAUUUAUCGGCUGAAGGCUCGUGGUUCCACCAAGAUGUCCAUACACCUGAUUCACACCCGAGUGGCAGCGCAGGCCUGUGCCGUGGGUGCGGUCAUGCUAGGUGCUGUGUACACGAUGUACAGAGACUACAUCAAAAGAACAGCACCGGGUGCCGGGGAGAAGUAG